CUCCAGUACACCAGCAACGACAGCGCCCUCUUCAUCCUCCCGGACGAGGGCCGACUGGAGGAGGUGGAGGCCAAGCUGCUCCCGGAGACACUGAGGAGGUGGAGAGACUCACUGCAGCCCAGACUUAUAGAUGAACUCGGCCUGCCAAAGUUUUCCAUCUCCAGCGACUAUGAUCUGAAACACAUCCUUCCCCAGCUAGGCAUUAGCCAAGUCUUCAGUAACAAGGCUGACCUGUCAGGAGUCAAUGAUUCUAAUGACCUGAAGGUUACCCAGGUGGUCCACAAGGCUGUGCUUGAUGUGGGCGAGGAGGGCACGGAAGGAUUUGCUUCUACAGGAAUCAGCGUGGAAACCAGGAUCAUGAAGACGGUCACUGUGUAUUUCAACAGGCCCUUCUUGUUAACCAUAGUGCACAGAGACACCCAGAGCGUCAUCUUUUUGGGCAAAGUCACAGACCCCAGUCAGGCCUAGAGCUCCUCUCUGAGCUGUGAGCCCCUUCCCUAAGGAGCUAGGUGCCCACAUCCUUGGGCACAGCCUGGCCUCUGUGCACUGAGGAGCUGGACUGCCUGCCCUCCCCCCUACCU